AUGGAUCUGCCACGGAAUCGAGCCUACGUUCUUCUCCGAGAGCAGACAGACCCCGGUCGUCUGUAUGGCUUCCAGGUGUCUGUGCGCCCUUCGAGCCUGGUGGCGGGGGAGUGGUACGUAUGGACGCAGACGGAACGCAGCCCUAGGCUCCUUGAGGGGUCGCGGGCAUCCUUCAACCCCGACCACAACCAAGAGCCCUGGCAGCUUUCAGCCGAGGAGCUGCAGGUCAACAUCUCCCUCUCGGACCGAAGGCCCUUCCUCCUGACCGCCGCGACAUCUGCCGUCGAGAUUCGCUUCGUCAGCCCGCGCAGCGGCAGGACCAGCUUGCGGGUCGUAGCCCCCAGCGGCUAUGUUUGGGGCCCGCCCGUCGCGGCUGCUUUGUCUCGCAGCUGCUGGGCAGCGGCUGUGCCUGGCUGGCCGUGUGUCGCCAAUGUUGUGACUUGGCAUGCGGUGGACCUUUCCUACCUGGAGUCGUACCCCUUGCACUUGGAGGUCCAGUUGCCAUCCCGAAUGCCAAACUUGGGAAGCAACGCCUUCUUUGUGGAGUUGGGUGCCUUGAGCUCAUCCCCGGAGGAUCGCUGGGCCGGGGCGGCUGUGAGCAACGACCAGACGGGCGAGCCGUUCCUGAUUUUGGCAAUCUCAGAGGUGAGCGUGGCUUGUGACUCGGUGUUGCAGAAAUGA